GUUGGCAGCUGCCCUUGGUGCACGAGAGCUUGUGCCGCCGAGUUGGGCCGUAGAGCAAGGAGCUCGCGCUUGUAGCCUUUUCCUGCGGUACGACACAAUGGCGGUGCGCGCGUCGGGACCACGACUUCAUAGUUCUGUGUGUUCGAUUGUAUUAUGCUUUGAAUCUUGUGUUAUGAUUUUGCCGAUGGGGAACGCGUAAGGGUAGUGCCGAAAUGCCGUUGGCGAAACAGCGACAGAACUCUUGCUCUGCACCUGGUUGCAAAACGGGUCUCAUCCGAGUAAAAGGAGUGAAAACGGCGUCCCUUUUCGGCGUUCCAAAGGACAGAGCUAAAAGAGAUCUUUGGGAGAAAAAUCUGCAGCGAUCAGACAAGGGUCUUGAAGAAACAAGCGCCGUCUGCGAGCUGCACUUCGAGCCCCGCUUCAUCCUUCGAGACUACGUCCACAUCAUCGGCGGAAAGGAAGUGAGGAUCCCUCGUGGACACCCAGCGCUUACGCCAGACGCGGUACCGACUCUGCUGCCAAGUGUACCCCAGGACCUGGGUGAUGACCUUCCCGCAGGACGAGAGGAAAGGAAGCAGAGGGCAAGUUCACCAGAGCCCAUCGUUGCAGAGCGUUCGGGGCUCGCUCGGAAAACUGACCCGUUGUCACCAGUGGUGAACAGCGAAGCUCCUGCCGUGACCCCACAAGGCAUCGAUCGCGACGCACUAGACUCUCUGAAUGUGCCAACUCCUUACUGGGCUGUUCACAAGUUUUGCAACUUCGACGGUGUGGCUUAUUUGAAGACUGUUCUCGAGCCAAAAUCUAACAAGAUCAGCAUCGAAAGGGCGGUGUUCUUUUGUUCGGACAACUUACCCGAUGUGGUAUGCCAAGUAUACCUUCAGGGCCACUUCGUAGAUGACACUGCCGUGAGAACCACUCACGAAGCUGAAGAGGCACUUCGACGGGCUGCAUCUCUCCCUCUUUGCGUUGGGGCACUUUCAAGUACAGAAAUAUCAACAACGGACCUCACCGAGGGACUUCAAAGGAAGCUUUGCAACCAGGAGGACGUCAUCUACAGCAAUGAGUGCAGCGGAAGGGGAAUAACACGAGACGGACGUUGCCUUCAAUGCAGGUAUCUGCGCAAGGUUCUCCUGACUAGGAAAUCCUGGUUGUCGAGGAAGAAACCCUGCAAGACCAAGACUCCCGCCCAAAAGCUACGAGCAUCAUUACAGAGAAGCAUGCGUCUGAAAAGGAAGCUGUGCAGUUCAUGUACUUGGCAAUGGGAUGCAAAGGAGAUACGUUAGGCUGGUGCACUGUGACGCAUUACACAGCAUGGGUAUGUGAUGCAAGGGAGAUAUUCCAGAUUGGUGCACCGUCAUGCAGUCCAAAGCAUAGAUGGUCAUGUGAUGCAAGGGAACGAUGCUAGGUUGGCGCACCGCAACGAAAUGCUUAGCAUGGGAAUGAAAUGCAGGGAAAUGAUUCUU